GGCUCUUGAUUUUAAAAGGCUCUUGAUUUCAAAAGCCACCCUCUCGGAGUCCCUCCGUUACGAUAGAGUCGGCACUAUUCGCGGAGUACCGGGAAUGGCCCUUUCGAGGCUUCCUAAAACGCACCAAGAUUGGGAACAAAACGAUAUACAAUCUCGAGUUCCAGCUGCCGCAUGUCCCAGAGCACCUCUAUUCCGAAGCGUCGGGCAUGCGUUCUGACAAGGAGACGUCUGCAGAGGCUGCAACCCCUCACGACACCAGCGCACCUUCCAAGAUGUAUCCCGCCGCGGUUCGUCCUCGGAUAAAGCGUGUUCCGUGGACGCCUAAAGAGGAUGCGACGGUGCUCAAGAUGAGGGACGAGGACGGCUGCACCUGGGAAGAGAUCCAUGACGUCCUCCCCCACCGGACCCCAGGGGCGAUCCAGGCGCAGUACUGUGCGAUCCGAGCGGGUAUUGGUAAAGCCGACGUAUCGGGUGGCCAGCAGCAGAAGAGACGGCGAGGCCGGCCCCGGAAGCAAACGUGAGGCUGGCUGUGAAGUUGUAGGAAGGGCAUGAGGUUUUCAGAGGUGUUUAUGGGAAGUGAUGGUUUGUCGAUGGACAUUACGGAUUGAUGGUCCGUAGUUGGAGACUGUCAUGUUGGGUGUUGGCAAUGUGGUUUCAUUUGAGCUUGCACGAAAAAGACAUUGAUAUCGGAAGGAGAUAUGAGGUGGAACGUCUUUACCAG